GCGUGUUUUGGCUUCAUCGAAAUAACUAUGGCGUCCUCCAUUGCGGUAUGCAGGGUACAUAUGAGCCUGCUUAAUAAACUUCACAAGAUUGAAACGUUGCUCUGCAGGGGUGUCAAAACACAGCACACUGCUGCUGCUGCUCAGAUGAAAACGGUUAAUAAAGUAAAACAUGAUGAGAAGGAAAAGGAAGGAGGAAAGUCACUGUACGACGUUCAGGUGGAGAGACAACAGCAAGCAGAGCGAUCUGUUCUUAUCAGUUGCCCCUCCAGAACCAAUAAAGAAAGGUUCCUCAAGCAUCUAUUAAAAUAUGGAGAUAUCAAGACACACUUCUUCUAUGAAAGUAUUGGCGUGUAUGCUGUUGUCGAGUUUUCCAGCAAGGAAGGCGUUGCAUCGAUACUAGAAAGGGCUUCCAUCCCAAGUGUUUCCCAUGAGUCAAUGGUGCCUUUUAAAUCGAGAGUACUUUCCCUGAGGAACCUAGACAAAAUAUCUAACCAGCAGUCAAGCAUACAACUCCAGCCGCAAUCCUCUGCGUCCACCAAUGAGCUCAUACAGAGACUGUCCAGAGAAAAGAGUUUUGACCAACAGAUCACCUCUCUGGCAGAAUCCUAUCAGCUCACAGAGGAGAACACCAGGCUGCGAUUUCUUGUCUGCUCUCUGCUUAAGGAUGUCGCGGCUCCUUUUUUCCCAGAAUGCACCAUCAAGCCUUUCGGCUCCUCUGUGAACGGGUUUGGGAAGAUGGGCUGUGACCUGGACAUGUUUUUGGAUCUAGAUGGUAUCAGUGGAAGAAAAGUAAAACAGCCUAAAUUAGGUCUUUCCCUCGAGUACCAGAUGAAGAUGGUGAACACUGAGCGCCGCGUCACCCAGAGCAUUUUGUCUGUCAUUGGAGAGUGUUUGAUCCAGUUUGGGCCUGGCUGCGAAGGGGUGCAGAAAAUCCUCAAUGCCCGAUGCCCUCUAGUCCGUUUCAACCAUCAACCGUCUGGUCUUCAGUGUGACCUCACAGCCAACAACAGGGUGGCGAUGAAGAGCACAGAGUUGCUACAUCUCUACAGUGAGCUGGAUCCACGUGUGCGCCAGCUCGUGUUCACCGUGCGCUGCUGGGCCAGAACGCAUGGAAUCACCAGUAAAAUACCGGGGGCGUGGAUCACUAACUUCUCCCUUACAAUGAUGGUGCUGUUCUUCCUGCAGAAGAGGAGCCCACCCAUCAUCCCUACACUGGACCAGCUCAGAGACCUUGCAGAUCCCGAGGACAAAUGUAAUAUUGAAGGAAAUGACUGCACGUUCGUCAGCAUCCCCAGCAAGAUCCAGCUCAAGGGGAACACAGAAACGAUGGAGAAUCUGCUAGGUGAAUUCUUUGAGUUCUACGGCACGUUUUCUUAUACCAACAUGUCCAUAAACAUCAGGAAGGGCAAAGAGCAGAACAAACCAGAAGUCUCUCCGCUGCACAUCCAGAACCCGUUUGAAAUAUCGCUAAAUGUCGCCAAGAAUGUCAAUGCGUCGCAACUCGAGCGCUUCGUGUCCCUGUGUCGGGAGAGCGCCUGGCUCCUUCAGCAUGCCCAUGACAAAUCACCGAGCAGCCUCAGUGGCAGUGGCGGCCCCCAACCCUGGGGACUAGCCACUCUCCUUCAGCCCUCACAGAUUGCAGCAAUCAAAAGACGCACAAGGACGAGCCAAGGACCUGUUCGUCAGACGUUGAAGAGCUGGGUCGAAUCGUUGAAGUAGAAUAAAAGAGCCGUGGAUGGAGCAGAGACACUUCCUGGAAUCUAAAAAAAAAACAAACAACCAAAACCGUCAGGCGGUCAUCUUCACAACAUGUUUAUAUCAAGUGAACUGGCGUUUCUAUAUGAUUUGGGCUGUAGUUCCCAACAUGAACACUAGAGUGUGAUACAGCGGCUGCUUUGAACAUACAGUACAAGGGACCCUAUAAUCAGGGAGUGGUUAGUGACUUCACUGAAGAAUCGGACUCUGUGGAAGUUACAAUAAUGAGUCAAACCAGAUGUUGAUAUAAAAAAAACUGUAGCUGAUUUUCAUUUUAUAUCAAAUCAGUGUCAUUAAAAAUACAAAAUUGAAGAACUAUAUAUAUGUACAUAUAUGUAUACAUAAAUAUACUGUAUAUAGAUAUACAGUAUAUACAUGUUGUGAGACGUUAGUUUUAAUACCAGUAACUGAGGAAACAACUUUAUGCACACCACAUCUACUUUAACUAAACACCUCUUCAAAUACUACUACACCUUGUUGGUGGCCCAUUGAUCAACAUUCUUAUUUGACCUGCUGGACAAUGAAAAAUGUUCGAAUUCAUUCAGCUGCUGCAGCCGGGGGGGUCAGUGAGAGGAUCAUCUGCCUCCAUUUCACCCUAUUUCCUGCCUAAUCUACUGUUACACCAAUAAUCCCCAUGUCCUCUAUUACCACAUCCAUAAAACCUCUCUUCUCUUUUGGUCCGUUCCCCGGCAUCCUUUGUCCGACAUCUUCGCUGUCUCUCAUCUGCACUAAAGUAAUGUUUUUGAGUCA